ACUCUUAAUCGUCUUAUUUAUAAGUUACUUGAAGUGUUUCCUUCAGAAGUUUACUACAUUACAAAAUAGUUUGGGCCCAGAUUUGGCCCAGUUCCCGCAUCAGGCCCAAAUACUACAUGGAAUCGUGGCACCUGGGCAUAUCGGUCCUAAAUAAGGGAUUGAAAUACUGUAUGACAACCAAAGGUGGCCUGAAUUUGUUUUGUGCUAUUCGGGCUGUAUUCACAAUUUACCACAUGGGCCACUUUAGCUUCACAUCCAGUUUACAAGUUGCCUGGAUCACCGAUUGUUUGAUAAAAAGGUCCUAAACAUGUUUUGGGAUAAUUGGUCCACAUUUGCUCUUUUACAAAUGGGCCACUUCAAGCUCACAUCCAUUCUGAACAAGCCACAAAAUGGCCAGGAGAUCCGCAUCAUUGCCUGAAGUGGACCACAUCCAUAUCUGUGUGUUUUCAAGAAAUGUAAAUGGUGGUAAGGAUUUCACAGUUUGUGUGAGGUGUGUCUCCAGCAUCUCACAGAACUGACGUCACAUCUGAUAGAGACCAGACAGUUUGGAUUUCUCACUGUGUUGAUGCAGGAUAUUACACAAAGACACUGUUGUUGUUGUUUCUUUUAAUACACCUUGUGACUCACACUUGUUGAAUGUUCCAGGUGGAAGGUAUUGACUCAGAUGGGCUGAUUUGUACGUCUACUUUUGUUUUGUCUUGUGGUAUGGAAGAUUUCUAAUUCCUUUGUAAUUAUUCAGAUUUAUAGUACAAUCAUUCUCCAUAGGGAUUUCAUUUUCCACUUGCAUUUAACUGCUUUCUGUCCAUGAGUUAUUGCUUUGAUUUAUUCAUGACUCUAAGAUCAAUAACAUGGUCUCUCCUCUAGCGCCUCCAAUUGGAUUAACCACACCACUGUUAAGAGAGUAUUCAAAAUGGUAAUUAGUUAUCCAACAUUUUGUGCCAUGUGUUAAUAUAGAAUAUAAGGCCUGUUUAAGCUUGAUAUAUUAACAAUCUUAACUUAAUAGUAGAUAGUUUCCAUCUGUAGACCAAGGAAAAUAAUUGUUUGAUAUUUUCUAGUAUUAAAUGACAUAAGAAAAAUGUCCACUUCUGUGCACUUAAUUUAAUUCAAUUUAAUUUAAUUUAAUUUAAUUUAUUAGGGCCCGAGCACUGACGGGCACUGACAGACAGUGAGGCCCUAUUGAAAUUGUAAGAAUUAUUAUUAUUAUUCAGGCAAAUUAAUUGGCUUGUUGAAGGCUUUAAUUUAAUUAAUAUUUUUAGUUUAAUUUAAUUUUAUAUUUUUGUAUUUUAGAUGCAGUUUUUUUGUUAUUUAAAGAUUUCGUUGAAGCAAAAUGACAAAAAAAAUGUGUAAAUGAACGUUGUAAAAACCUGUCGGAGUCACCUUUAGGUGGCGGUAGAGGGGCAGUGAGGAGGGCAGCUGCCGUUAAACCUCAGAGAAGAAGAGGAACAACCGGAAGUGUCGAAGAUGUCGGAAGUCAUCAACAGGGAAAAAACAAGGCGCCAAAUUUGUGGCUGAUUGUUGAGAGUCGCUGCCUUAGACUCAUGAGAAAGUUCUUCUGACACAACAGCAUGGCGGUGCCUUUUGUGCAGGACUGGGACCUGGUGCAGACACUGGGAGAAGGAGCCUACGGAGAAGUGAAGCUGCUGGUGAACCGGCAGACGGAGGAGGCGGUUGCGGUGAAGGUGAUCGAUACCUCUCAGGCUAAAGAGUGCGCUGAAAAUGUCAAGAAGGAGGUGUGCGUCCAUAAGAUCCUCACCCACCCCAACAUUGUGCGUUUUUUUGGCCAUCGGAAGGAAGGGUCGACGGUCUACCUCUUCCUGGAGUACUGCACCGGAGGGGAGCUCUUCGACCGAAUCGAGCCUGACGUGGGGAUGGCAGAGAACGACGCUCAUAGGUUUUUCCAGCAGCUAAUGGCAGCUGUGGAAUACCUCCACAGUAUUGGCAUCACCCACAGAGACAUAAAGCCAGAGAACAUCUUGCUGGAUGAUAAAGAUAACUUGAAGCUGACAGACUUUGGUCUGGCCACCAUGUUUCGAUUCAAAGGACGAGAGCGUUCUCUGAAUCGACUCUGUGGGACGCUUCCCUACGUGGCCCCGGAGCUUCUCAGCCGACCAGAGUACAAAGCUCAGCCCGCGGAUAUUUGGGCUUGUGGGAUAGUCCUCACUGCCAUGCUGGCUGGAGAGUUACCAUGGGACCAGCCCUCUGAGAGCUGUCAAGAGUUUUCAGACUGGGUUCAAAAGAAAACUUAUCUGUCUCCUUGGAAGAAAAUACAACCAAUGCCACUCAGUUUGUUGUCCAAAUUACUGCUGGUGAGUCCAGAUGCACGCAUCACCAUCACAGACAUAAUGAAAGAUCGCUGGUUUACACAAGGUGUGAAGCACCCGCCAGCUUCUCUGGGUUCAGGAGGGAAAAAACUUCUCCGAACCGAUGUGGGACUUAAAUCCAGAACCAAUAGUGAUGACAGGAUGCAGUUUUCCAGCUCUCAGCCUGAUCUCGCAGCAGGUGGCUGGGAAGCCAUGUUGUUAAUCAGUCAGGCCGACGGACAAGUCAGCUUCUCCCAGCCGACCAAGCCGGAGCACAUGCUGCUGGGUAGUCAGCUACUGGGCACACCGGGAGCCAGUCAGUCUCCUUGGCAGAGAUUAGUGCGGAGAAUGACGCGUUUCUUCACCGCUGUGAAUGCCGACGCUUCAUUAUCUGCCCUGAAAGAGGCCUGUGAAAGCCUGGCGCUUGGCUUCAAACUCACCUGCACCAAACAGGUGACUGUGAGCACACUCGACAAGCGCAAUAACAAACUCAUCUUCAAAGUCCAUUUGCUAGAGAUGAAUAACAGAGUGCUGCUGGACUUCAGGCUGUCUAAGGGCGAUGGUCUGGAGUUUAAACGACUCUUUGUGAAGAUAAAACAGAAGCUCGGUGACAUCAUCAGCACUCAGAAGAUUUUACUCACAUGAGCAGCGUCAGCCUCAAAGUUUCCUGUGACUACAAACAAACUGCCAUGGACUUUACAGAGAACCUGUACAUAUUUAGCUGUUGUGUCGUUUUUUUAAACGUGUCCUGCUUGUGUCUUUAUGUCGUACUUUCUUUCUUGUAGAAGUAUUUUGUCAUAUUAGCCAGGUUUCACUUGUUUUGGAGAAGAAGCUGUGGGUGGAUAAGCAGGGGUGUCUGUCUCUCCAUGCUCUGCCUUUGAGAAGACUAAGUUGUUCUGGUUAUGUUUGACAUGAUACAGUCCAAGGUCUUGAAUAAAUUAUUAAACAAUGA